AUGACGGUAGGGGCGGGGAUAUCGAUUGCGGAUGGGAAUUUGAUGGUGCUGGGAACCAAGAUCUUGUCAGAUGUUCAUGGGAACGUCUUCUUGACGCCGGCAUGCGGGAAUGCGAUGAUGAACGGGGCUUUCAUCGGCAUCAGAUCCGAUAGCGCUGGGAGUCGCAAUGUCUUCCCUGUCGGCAAGCUUCAGGAUUUACGGUUCAUGUGCACAUUCCGGUUCAAGCUGUGGUGGAUGACUCAGAGGAUGGGUUCUUUCGGCCGUGACAUCCCCUUCGAGACCCAGUUCCUGAUUGUCGAGGGAAGCGAUGGAUCUCACUUUGGGGAGGGAAGUGAAGAUGGGGUGCAGCAAUCUGCUGUCUAUACUGUCUUCCUGCCAAUCCUUGAGGGAGCCUUCCGAGCAGUUCUUCAGGGAAACGCAAAUGAUGAGCUAGAAGUUUGUUUGGAGAGUGGUGAUCCAGCUGUUGAAGCAUUUGAAGGAACCCAUUUAGUUUUUGUGGGAGCUGGAUCGGACCCAUUUGAGGUCAUUAAAAAUGCAGUCAAGACUGUUGAGAGGCACUUACAGACAUUCUCUCACCGGGAAAGGAAGAAAAUGCCAGAUAUGUUAAACUGGUUUGGCUGGUGCACAUGGGAUGCCUUUUAUACUAAUGUGACUGCUGAGGGGGUUAAACAGGGAUUAGAAAGCUUGGAGAAAGGUGGAAUUCCUGCAAAAUUUGUCAUAAUUGAUGAUGGUUGGCAAUCUGUGGCUAUGGAUCAUACUGGUAUUGCUUCCAUAGCAGAUAAUGCAGCAAACUUUGCAAACAGGCUAACCAAUAUCAAGGAAAACCACAAAUUCCGGAAAAAUGGCAAAGAGGGUCACCGGGAUGAAGAUCCUGCUAAUGGAUUUGCUCACCUGGUCACUGAAAUCAAGGAAAAACAUGACCUGAAAUACGUAUAUGUCUGGCAUGCAAUCACUGGGUACUGGGGUGGUGUAAAGCCAGGUGUUACUGGAAUGGAACAUUACGAGUCGAAGAUGCAAUACCCCAUUUCGUCACCUGGGGUUCAGUCAAAUGAACGUUGUGAUUGUUUGAACUGCAUAACAACCAACGGCCUUGGCCUCGUGAACCCAGAGAAAGUGUACACUUUCUACAAUGAACUCCACUCAUAUCUUGCAUCUGCUGGGAUUGAUGGGGUCAAAGUGGAUGUGCAGAACAUUCUGGAAACCCUUGGUGCUGGCCAUGGUGGUAGAGUACAACUUGCCAGAAAGUACCACCAAGCUUUGGAGGCUUCAAUUGCCAGGAACUUCCCAGACAAUGGAAUUAUAUCUUGCAUGAGCCACAACACUGACAACUUGUACAGCUCAAAAAAAACUGCUGUUGUGAGGGCCUCUGAUGAUUUCUGGCCAAGAGAUCCGGCAUCCCACACAAUUCAUAUAGCAUCUGUUGCAUAUAAUUCUGUUUUUCUUGGAGAAUUUAUGCAACCUGAUUGGGAUAUGUUCCAUAGCCUCCACCCAAUGGCUGAAUAUCAUGGGGCGGCACGUGCAGUUGGUGGUUGUGCCAUAUAUGUCAGUGAUAAACCAGGUAAACAUGACUUCAAUUUGUUGAAGAAGCUUGUGCUUCCUGAUGGAUCUAUCUUGAGAGCCAAACUCCCUGGCAGACCCACAAGAGAUUGCUUGUUCUCAGAUCCUGCGAGGGAUGGUAAGAGUCUCCUGAAGAUAUGGAAUUUAAAUGACUACUCUGGAGUAGUUGGUGUCUUCAAUUGUCAAGGAGCUGGCUGGUGCAAAAUUGUUAAGACAAACUUGAUUCAUGAUGAACAACCCGGUACAAUCACUGGAGUUAUCCGAUCCAAGGAUGUCGAUUAUCUUCCAAGGGUUGCUGAUGAUGGCUGGAAUGGUGAUGCCAUUGUUUAUUCUCAUUCAGGAGGAGAGGUAACUUACCUACCGAAGAAUGCAUCUAUACCCGUGACGUUGAAAGCCCGUGAGUAUGAAAUCUUCACGGUUGUUCCAGUCAAAGAGUUAUCCAGUGGAGCCUCUUUUGCUCCCAUUGGACUGAUCAAGAUGUUCAAUUCCGGUGGAGCCAUCAAGGAGCUAAGAUAUGAGUCCAUGAAGGGUGCAAUAAUAGAAGCCAGGAUACACGGUUCUGGCAUGUUUGGGGCUUACUCAUCAAUCAGGCCCAAGAGAAUAACAGUUGAUUCAGAUGCAGUAGAUUUCACGUAUGAUGAGGGGUGUGGUUUUGUUACAUUUGUUUUGGAGAUUCCACAGCAAGAAUUAUGCCUGUGGAACGUAACUGUAGAGCUGUAAAUGAUUGGAGUUCAUAAUGUCAGUCCACUGCAAGAUUUAGCAAUUUCGCUGCCUUGUGAGAAAACAUGUUGUGAGGCCAUUUAACUACCUUGCUACACAUUGUCGCAAGGUUUCAUGGUCUAGUUGAACAGAGAAGCUCUGUGAAAUGUCCUUCAUAUAUGCAGCGAAAGGAUUUGCUUUUUGUGAGUAAGGUUGCACUGUUCUACCUGAAAGAUUUGGAUAUGUGCUUGCCUUUAGAUGGAAUUUUUCUUGCAUUGCACAUAGAAUACCGGAUGAAGCAUGAUGCAAGAUGUCAUCCUUGAAUUUCUGGUAUUUUCUUUCGGUUA